AUGGAAAUCCUGCGCGUCUACCACAAGAACUCCAUCGUCGAGGCGAACAAGGCCAAAGAGAUCGAAGAGGACGUCAUCCUGGCCCUGACAGGACUCCGCAGUGACUUGCACCAAAAGAUCAAGGAGAUCAAGAGCUUGUCGGGCGACUUCAAGAACUCAGUUGAGAAAGAGAUGGACGCCACGCGCAAACUGGUCAAGUCUCUGCAAGAGACCAUUGGCCAGAGCGACGCGGACCCUGCCUCCGCGACCGGCAAGCAGGAUCCCUACCUCCUGCGUCUCGCUGUCGACAGGCAGGUGGAGCGCCAGAUCGAUGAGGAGAACUACCUGCACCAGGCGUACCUGAACCUGGAGGCAUCCGGCCGGGAGCUCGAGUCCAUCGUCGUCGGCGAGAUCCAAAAGGCCUACAACGCCUAUGCUGGCAUUCUCAAGCGCGAGUCUGACGCUGCGUACAACGCCAUUGACGAGCUCCGCAUUGGCCCCAUUGCCAUGCCCAAGGACACCGAGUGGACUCACUUUGUCCAGAAGGACGACCACUUUGUCGACCCUGAGAUUCCGGUGCGGUCUGCCGACCAGAUCCACUACCCUGGCCAAGAUCACCUCACCUGCCAGGAGAUCCGCGCAGGCCUUUUGGAGCGCAAGAGCAAGUACUUGAAGAGCUAUACAGCUGGCUGGUGA